GAACGCGGCACGUGAUGACGUGUGCGCUCUGAUAUCCCAGCAUCCCUCUGUGCUCCGUCCUCUUUCCUCCUGCAGCCAUGUCGAAGAGAGGACGUGGUGGUUCGUCUGGAGCCAAGUUCCGCAUCUCGCUGGGUCUCCCGGUGGGAGCGGUCAUCAACUGCGCUGACAACACAGGUGCCAAGAAUCUGUACAUCAUCUCCGUGAAGGGCAUCAAGGGUCGCCUGAACCGGCUGCCCGCUGCAGGAGUGGGUGACAUGGUGAUGGCCACGGUGAAGAAAGGCAAGCCGGAGCUCAGGAAGAAGGUUCAUCCUGCGGUGGUGAUACGGCAGCGGAAGUCGUAUCGACGAAAAGACGGCGUGUUUUUAUACUUUGAAGACAACGCAGGAGUCAUCGUCAACAACAAAGGAGAAAUGAAAGGGUCAGCCAUCACUGGACCCGUGGCUAAAGAGUGCGCCGACCUGUGGCCCAGGAUCGCUUCCAACGCCGGCAGCAUCGCCUGAGCUCCACUUUGUUUUCAAUAAAAACUGUUAAUCGAG